CAGCGCUGUUUAUGUCUUUGGUUUAUGUUUCCCUUCCUCCUCCUCCCCCUCCGUCAGAAGAUGGCGGCGGUGCUGGAGAACGGGGAUAAGAGAGAGAGUGAGGAAUGUAGCUCUGACCGGGGUGUCCGCCGCACAGAAACGUUGGGCUUUUACGAGACGCAGAACGAUCCGAGCACGCCCGCCGGCAAGAAACGGAAUGUGUCAGAUCUGUCCCUGCUGAGAUUUAUUAGUGCUGAGUUAACACGAGGAUAUCUUUUGGAACACAAUGAAGCCAAGUACAAGGAAAGGAGGGAGAGAGUAUACACUUGUCUGCGAAUUCCUCGAGAAUUGGAAAAGUUGAUGUUUUUUGGAUUCUUCCUCUGCCUGGAUGCCUUUCUAUAUCUCUUUACUCUACUACCACUUAGAGUCCUUCUGGCUCUAAUGCGAUUUAUUACUCUACCUUGUGGGUUAAGAGAUGGAAGAUUACUGCAACCUGCUCAAGUGUGUGACAUACUUAAGUCAGUUAUAAUGGUCAUCUGCUUUAUUAUGAUGCACUAUGUGGAUUAUUCCAUGAUGUACCAUCUAAUUAGAGGACAAUCUGUCAUCAAACUCUACAUCAUCUAUAAUAUGUUAGAGGUAGCAGAUCGUCUAUUCUCUUCCUUUGGUCAAGAUAUUUUGGAUGCACUGUAUUGGACAGCCACAGAACCUAAAAAGAAAAAACGGGCUCAUAUUGGGGUGAUACCUCACUUUUUCAUGGCGGUGCUUUAUGUUUUCCUGCAUACAAUUUUGGUCAUGGUGCAAGCAACAACAUUGAAUGUUGCUUUCAAUUCCCACAACAAAUCAUUGUUGACCAUCAUGAUGUCAAAUAAUUUUGUAGAAAUAAAAGGAAGUGUUUUCAAGAAGUUUGAGAAGAAUAAUCUGUUUCAGAUGUCCAAUAGCGAUAUAAGGGAGAGAUUCAAUAACUACGUACUUCUGCUGAUUGUGUGUUUGCGGAAUAUGGAACAAUUUUCAUGGAACCCAGAUCAUCUUUGGGUGUUGUUUCCAGAUGUUUGUAUGGUAAUUGCAUCAGAAAUUGCUGUGGAUGUGGUUAAACAUGCUUUUAUUACAAAAUUCAAUGAUAUUACAGCUGAUGUAUACAGUGAGUAUAGAGCCAGCCUUGCAUUUGACUUGGUCAGCAGCCGUCAAAAAAAUGCAUAUACAGAUUAUAGUGAUACUGUAUCAAGGAGAAUGGGAUUUAUACCACUUCCUUUAGCAGUUCUGCUAUCCAGAGUUAUCACAAGUUCCACAAAAAUUCAGGGAGCCUUGGCUAUUGUCAGUCUAUUGAUGUUUUACCUCGGGCUGAUUGCACUUAAAGUUCUGAACAGUAUUGUGUUGCUGGGGAAAUCUUGCCAAUAUGUAAAGGAGGCCAAAAUGGAGGAGAAGCUGUUCCAACCCCCACCAACCAGCAUCCCUGGGAAAUCUGCCAAAAAAUCUGUCAGCAAAGUUCAAUCACCUCAAGGUGUUCCAGCAGAAGAAAUGCAAUCAGAAUCCAUCAUUAACCAGCCUGCAUCUCUGUCAGAAAGUGUAUCGACUCUGGUCUCAAGCAAUAGUUCUGAGCAAUUUAUGACAACCCCUAAUAUUGAGGACAAAGGAAUCGCACAGGAUAAAUCUGAAAGCAAGCCAUGUUCUUCAAAAGAACUACUUGAAAUAGACAGGUUCACAAUUUGUGGAAAUCGGAUUGAUUGAUUGAUUGAUUAUUGCAACGACCUUUCGAGUGCAGCUUCAGAUAUAAGCCAUUGCAUGGCAAAUGGAACGCUGUGGAGCUUGACAGUAUAUAAAGGUUCAAGAGCUGCCAAAGGAGGCACUGAUCAGGAAUAUUUAUUAAAAUCUUUAUAAUUUAUUGAUGAUUCAAUCCUAAAAAAUAUUUUACCUGUUUAUUUUCCGUCUCUGGAAAUAUUUGGUUUGAAAUACGCCAUUUUGGUUUGUGUAGCAAUUUCCUGUGGCAGAGGAAGAAAAUCGUUUGGUUGGUUUCUAUGGAGACCUAGUAGAUUAAUGCUUUCAAAGACAGCUUUCUCCACAGCUGUUUGGAUUUUGUGCAAUAUUUCUUGCCACUCAUGAUGCAAUUACACCUUCAUACAAUAAUGUGAACAUACAGCCGGAUAACUUGCGUUUUGGCUUUUUUAAAUGUUUUCAACACACUUCUCUUGUAUUUGCAGAUUUUCAUUGUGGAUAUGUGCCUCUUGCAGUGACUUUUUAAAGAAAUGUAAUCCUAUUCUGUCAGAAAAGAAAUGUUGAACCCAAACUUCAAGUUGAGGUUUAAAAUUAUUUCUGGGGAAUUUUCAAUUAUAAGGUGAACGUUCAAGUGAUGUCGAUAAAGGAAAUGUUUAUGUGUUGAUCCCUUAAAAGGAAUAACCUGCACAUGGCAAGUUAGAACUUUUCUAACACAAAACUCUGAAAUAUCCAGAGUUACUGGCCACCUCAGAGAAAGAAACAAUCCUUCCUUAAAGUUCUGGGAUAUUGAAAUGUCUUACCUUUCACAUACAGGAAAUGAUGCCAGCCGCUUUCAGCAUCUUCUACUUUUAUUUCAGAUUUCCAUCAUUCUUCACUUUUUUUUUGCAGUUUCCUAAGAAUAGAGUUUGUAGUGCAAUAGAAAAAAAUUGAAGUUAUACAAAAGAGUGAAUCAUCAGACUAUAUAUUGGUAAGGAAUGAAACACACAAGUUGAAAUUCUGAAGAAGCAGAACAUUUUCAAUUAGUAAGAGGCUAAAGUGGAUAAUUUCCCCAUAACUAUGUGCUCAAAGGAAAGAUGUGCAAGACCCACAAGUAACUAAUUUUACAGCUUUUUAUUUAAUGAACUGCAUUAAUCUUUUAGAGUUCUCGUAUGUGCAAUGCUUCUAGCAUUUCGUUCUAAAUACAAUACUGUUUGCACUAAAUGCAAUAAUAUUUUUGUUUAAGGUUUUAUGAAAAAUAUCGUUAUUCAAACUUCUAACUUCAAACACCUAAAAAAAAAUUGUUUUGCAAGAAAUAUUUCACAUUAGCUGAAAGUUUAAAUGGUCUAACUGAAGUAGCAUGAGGCAGACGUGAAAACAUUAACUUACAGGUAUUGUGUCAUUAAUUUAAGGGUGCUAUCAAGGUUAUAAACAUGCACAUUUCUAAAAAAAUGACAAUAACUAUCUCCCUACUCUGCAAAAUGACAUGACUGAAAUUUAUAAAGGCACGAAAUACAAAAUCUUCUGUAUCUUUUUAUAAUUAGUACAACAUGUAAAAGAACUAUGCUGAAUAAAUGCCCUUUUUUUGUAACUCAAAAUACUUGUUUUCUUAUGUGACAUGGAUCAAGGCCAUCAUAAUAAACAAAAAUGUUUGUCAAUGAACAUGCAGGCUUUAUCCCAAAUUACUCAACAUGUUUAGAGAAUGCAAUAUGAUUGACUUGUUUUUAAGAGGGUCUGAUCCGGUCAAGAUGCAAGGUGAAACGUUUUGCUGUUUAAAUGAUGAUAUUAUUUGGGCGGUCACGGUGGCGCAGCGGUAUAGUUGCUGCCUUACAGCGAAUGCAACGCCAGACAAUCGCAACUACGGGGGCUGUCUGUACGGAGUUUUACGUUCUCUCCGAGAUCUUCAAUUUCCUCCCACACUCCAAAGACAUACAUGUUUGUAGGUUAAUUGACUUGGUAAAUGUAAAAAUUGGCCCUAAUGGGUGUGGGAUAAUGUUAAUGUGCAGGGAUCACUGGUCGGUGAGCGGAAGGGCCUUAUUCCAUGCUGUAUCUCUAAACUAAAAUGAUUUAAUUCACCAGACCAAGCAGUAUUGUGCCUUGAAAGAAAGAUUUUCGCACAGUGAGUGGUGAGUCUGUGGAAUUCGCUGCCUCAGAGGGCAGGUUCUCUGGAUGCUUUCAGGAGAGAGCUAGAUCUGGAUGCUUUCAAGACAGGGCUCUUAAAAAUAGCGGAGUCAGGGGAUAUGGGGAGAAGGCAGGAACGGGGUACUGAUUGGGGAUGAUCACAUUGAAUGGCGGUGGCGAUUUAACUUACGAUUUUGGAUAUCGACUCCUCCUUAAAUUUGAUCAAUUUCCCCAGAAUUUUAAUAAAGUUGUUUCCAAAACGGACAGUUUAAAAAAAAUCAAACCGGCCAAAGAUCAAGAGGGAGUAAUGGCCGCCAGUGCCCCGUGCAACGAUAACGGCUGCUGCCGCCCGGCUCUCCUCCACUUCCCCCCCGACCCGGCUCUGUCACGCUGGGUUUUUUUUAAUCUGACCGCUGCCCAACUGCUGACGUUACAAUAAAAGUGACAUUUUUACAUCUUCUGGUAGAAAAUGUCCUUAUGAUUUCAAAAAUUGGACCCCGGCUCCGGCUGCUCACCGCCCUCUGAACUUGGUGCCUCUUCCACCGGCCUGGACUGCGACUCUCUCCCGGCACUGCGUUGCCGUUAAGGACCAGGGUUUUCUCCCUGCAGCAACUUCGGGGUGACAAUCGCCCGCUCCUCGCAGGGGUUGAAAAGAAGAUAGCGAUAGCGCUCCAGCGCUGUGCCGCCACCGAAGCCGAGUUGCUGGGCGAUCCCCGCCAGGAAACGGCGCUCCACGCCCGUUGGUAGGCCACGAGGACGGGGCAGCCCGGAGAAAAAGCUGCCUCACCGACCAGGUAGGGACCUAGAAAUAUAGUAACCCCCUUUCCCCCACAUUAAAAUGCCGGCAAAGAGAAACGUAAACCCUGACGAGGUGGAGGAGAUCAAGAAAUCUCUUGACUUCUUGUCAGCGGAGAUCACAAAAGUCGCAUCCCAACAAAUGGAAAUCAUGGAUCUGAUGGGAGAAAUCCAAACACUAAAAAUACAAAA